CCACAGAGCGCAUUCAUGGCGAAACUGCACGGGUGCGCUUCACGUCCCAAUCUGAGCACCGCGGCUUUGGCACGUUCAGCGGCACUGCCAUAGAAACCUUGCCGGAGCUUCGACUCGGAUGGUCCACAUGUCGCAGUACGCCUUAUCUCUUGUCUGUUGCUACGGAAAAGCCACGAAAACCAGAUCUCAGUUUCACGAAUCAAUAUUUUCUCGCGCGCUCUCUGAUUUCUCUCCUCGCCUCCUGUUAUUAUUACCGUUUGCUGCACAUGCGACGCCACUCUGCUGCUCGGCGACGUACAAGAAAGUUUCGACUGAACACGACGACGACUUCCUCGAUCGGGCCAAUGAUGAUAUGGGCAUUAUUGCUGGUCUGUUCUCAGUGGUCAACUCCACCUUUAUCGUCAGAAUGCAGCCUGAUCCAGGAGACACUACCAAUGCCCUCGUCCCAUCCACCACCUCUCUCUCGUUCUCAUUCUCCUCGUUCUCUCCUUCCCUUCUCCUGCUCUCGUCCAUCGUCCGUAUUCGUCUGAGCCACGUCAGCAGUUGCCGACGUGUGCUGGGCGUUUGCGCGUGAUGUUCGUGGUGUUGGGAACGGCAUGGUGGAGCUCGGACAUUGAUUACAAGCACUUCAGCAUGUGGGCCGCGGCUUGCAUGGGCCUAAGCCCCGGCUUUGGGCCGGCUUGGGC